UAUGUUUUCUGAAUUUAAUGAUAUGAAUAACAAGAAUUAUUUUGCCAAGAGUGCUUUUUUUGAAUUCAAUGAUAUGAAUAAUGAACUGUUAGUAUCCAAUGAGAUUUCUUAUUUAACAGAAGUUACUGAAUCGAAUAUAGUUGAAGCUAUAGAAGAUACUGAAGAUGCAACUGAAGUCAUAGAAGGUACUAAAGAUGCAACUGAAGCUAAUGAAGGUGAUAACGAAAAGAUUUUAUAUCUAUUACAUUAA